AAAUAAUGAAGAGAACCCUCUCCAACCCCCUUUGCCCAAAAAUUCUCAACUGCAGACGUCUCAAGCUCAAACGCAAAAGAACUAAUCUCACUAAAAACUCCCAAACUCCUCUUUCUUCUACCUCUUCUUCUCAAAAUCCCCACAAACCCUUGAAGAAGAGACAACUUAAAGAACAAGCCAAGAAAUCUGAAGAGUUGCUAGCGUCCGUGGAGAAGCUAGUUAGCCUACAAGUAGAAGAAAGAGCAAUUGUGGCUGUACAGAAUAAGGAGGAGAAGAUUAGGAUGCUAGAGGUGACUGAAGGGAUAAAGAAUCAGUAUUUGGACUGAUUUAUGAUAGCUUCUUUGCAAGCUCUGUUUUCGGUAAGGGAGUUCUUUGAGUAUUACUUUGAAGGAGAUUUUGGGGAGAAGGGGAGUGGUGGGGAAGGGAUGGAGGUUAGUAGAGAGCUUCAUCAGGUUUGAAAAUAAGUAUAAGAGAGCAAGAGGGAAAUGUAUUAGUGUAAAGAGGUUUAGGAAGUAUUUUAAUGGGGAUUUUGACAAUUAUAAGCAGCAUGAUGCUUGACAAUUUAUAUUACAUCUUUUUGAAAAAUUACAAAAAGAGCACUCUCCUGAGACACCAUUUUCCCAAUCAUCUGGUCAUGCUAAUAGCAUUGAAGCAUGGGAAUCAUACACUGAAGACCUUCACUCAAUCAUUGACAAACUCUUCGUAGGUAUGUCCAAGACCACAUUUACCUGCCACUCGUGCUCCAACUCUACCUCAAUCUACGAAGAAUUCAAAACAAUCCCUCUUCAAUGAACCUCCACUUUCACCUUCCCUUUCUAUGAAACCUCCACCUCCGAAUUCAAUUGCUCCACUUGUGCUGACAUUACCUCUUGCUCCAUCACAAAUACCAUCUCCCACUACCCUUCCUACCUCCUUCUGCCCUUCCAACGCCUCGACCCUUUCAUUUCCUCUAAAAUAACCAAGUCUCUUCCAUUCCCUUCUUCCUUCAGUCCUUCCCCAACCUCCAGCUUAAACUACAGUCUGCUCUCUACUAUUAACCACCAUGGGUUCAGCUUGGAAGGAGGACAUUACACUGCUGCUUGUAGGAGGGGGAAGAGUGGUGAAGAGAAAUGGAUGCAGUGUGAUGAUGCACAUGUGGAAGAGGGAGAGACGGAUGGGGAUGAAUAUGUUUUGCUGUAUGGAAGUAGGAGAAAGGGAGGUUAGAGAUUGGGUGUUAAGAGGGGAUUGUAUAAAUCCAUCAUUUAAGGAAUUU